CUGUCACACUAGUAGCUCACAACUGUGGUCACGGGAAACUAAAAAAACUGGACACUAGAUCAGCUCUUCUGGGGCUCCAGAGGGCCUCUUUAUGGGGGAGAAACUGCCUCUGCACUCAAAGGCAGCAUGAUGGAUGUUUACAUGUAAGCAGUGGCGCCAAAGCCCACCCAGAGGAGGUCAUAUAAAGCUUCUAGACAGCAGGAGAACUUUCAGUUCACAAGCAAGCAAAGAUCAGAUACAGACAAAGGAGACAAACGGUAAUGGCAUCGCUGGGUCUGCAGAUUCUGGGUAUUGGGUUGGCGGUCCUUGGAUGGAUAGGAAACAUACUCAUCUGCAUGCUACCCCUGUGGAAGGUAUCUGCUUUUAUUGGAAACAACAUUGUUGUGGCUCAGACUAUUUGGGAAGGACUAUGGAUGACCUGUGUGGUGCAGAGCACGGGCCAGAUGCAAUGUAAAGUGUAUGACUCCCUGCUGGCACUACCUCCUGACCUCCAGGCAGCUCGAGCUAUGGUCGUCAUCGCCAUCCUCUUCUCUCUGUUUGGCUUGUUGCUUUCUGUAGUUGGAGGAAAAUGCACUACCUGCAUCGGGGACAAAGGAGCAAAAGCCAGAGUGGUCAUCUCGGCAGGUGUUUUCUUCAUCCUGAGCGGAGCUUUGUGUCUGGUGACUGUGUCCCUGCCAGCUAACACCAUCAUAAAGGACUUCUACAACCCCAUAGUUCCUGAUGCUCAGAGGAGAGAGCUGGGAGCAUGCUUGUACAUGGGCUGGGGAGCAGCAGGACUUCUACUGAUUGGUGGUGCUCUGCUGUGCUGUCAGUGCCCAUCUCGCCAAGACCGCUAUAACGGUGCCAAGUAUUCUCCACCCAAAUCCACAACACCUGGGAAGGAAUUUGUCUGAGCUUUUGCAUUACAUGAGAAGCAGCACUCUUUUAAUAAGAAACGCUCUUACGUACGGGAUAAGCCUGUCUCUUAUCAAAUUGUGAUUUGCAUUGUGACUAACUUGUUCUGACUAACACGGAGUGGCCUUCUGUUUGUAAAAGGAGCACUACGAUAUGCACCAUUAAUACAUCAUAAUUUUAGGUUUAUAGUUCCCUGAUUAGUUGUUUACUCUGUGAGAUGUUUUUUUUUAAUAUCAGGUCUGACUCACUGGAUGCUUUUAUGAUCCUUUUUACAACUUUGGCACUUGUUAUGUAAUAUGUAUUUUUAUGCAUGUC